CGGAAGUAGACGUGGAGUUUUCGGAUUGUUCGGCUGGAAACAUUGUCAGGUUUAGGAGCUUUUCUGUUUUUAAAUGACUUUAAGUAUGUUUUAUCGCUAAUGUUUAGAAACUAUUUGUAGUUAUUAAGCAAAUGGACGGGGUUUUUUUUGGCUUGUUUUUAAAGAAUGCUUCUUUAAAACCAUUAGGGCUAAGGUUUAGCUAGCGAGAUAAAUUAGCCCGAGCUGCCAUUCAUUGGUCAGAAGUUGUGGAACAACAUGAAUGAAGAGUCGCGUCAACAAAUAAGAGCUGCAGGAAUAUUAAUAAGAUAACGGACAGAAGGAUGAAUACUGGCAGCCUGCACUGAUGCAGUGACAGACAGGUCAAUUGCAUGCUGACAGGGAAGCGUCCACACCUGUGUAUCGGUUCAUUACUGUCCAAAAUGUCUCCAGUCCCUGUUUUUCCUCUCCUCAUCAACUGCUGCAUGUCUGUUCUGGGCUGUUUAGCGACACUCAAACUCAUUCCAGCCUUCAAGGAGCAUUUCAUAUCUGCCAGGCUGUUUGGCAAGGACCUGAACAAAACCACAAAAACUGAAGUGCCUGAAUCUCAAGGUGUGAUCAGCGGCACUGUUUUCCUCAUCAUCCUUUUCCUCUUCAUCCCCGUGCCUUUCCUCGGCUGCUUUGUGGGAGAGCAGUGUCAGCGCUUCCCUCAUAAUGAAUUUGUGGAGCUGAUAGGUGCCCUAUUAGCCAUCUGUUGCAUGAUCUUCCUCGGCUUUGCUGACGAUGUGCUCAACCUAAGAUGGAGACACAAGCUGCUGCUCCCCACUAUGGCCUCGCUGCCUCUCCUCAUGGUCUACUUUACCAACUUCGGCAAUACCGUCAUAGUAGUUCCCAAACCGUUCCGAGUCCUACUGGGGAUGCACCUUGACCUGGGUAUCCUGUAUUAUGUAUAUAUGGGAAUGCUGGCUGUGUUCUGCACGAAUGCUAUCAACAUCCUGGCUGGGAUCAAUGGCAUCGAGUCCGGGCAGGCCCUCUUCAUCUCCGGCUCCAUCAUCAUCUUCAACGUCCUGGAGCUCAAUGGAGACUACAGAGAUGACCAUGUUUUCUCUUUGUACUUCAUGAUCCCGUUCUUUUUCACCACUCUGGCUCUCUUCUACCACAACUGGUAUCCAUCGUCUGUGUUUGUCGGGGACACGUUCUGUUACUUUGCUGGGAUGACAUUCGCUGUGGUUGGGAUCCUCGGCCAUUUCAGCAAAACCAUGCUGCUCUUCUUCAUCCCUCAAGUCAUAAACUUUAUCUACUCUUUGCCGCAGCUCUUCCAUGUAGUUCCGUGUCCUCGACAUCGCCUUCCCAGAUUGCAGCCAGACAGCGGAAAACUCGGGAUGAGCUACUUUAAGUUUAAACAGAAGGACCUUGGCAAAUUAGGACAACUCAUACUGAAGGUGGCAGAAGCAUUAUGGCUGCUGGAUGUGCGCAGAGACGACGAGGAAUUUAUCAAGUGCAAUAACAUGACUUUGAUAAAUCUAGUGCUGAAGAUACUCGGACCCACGCAUGAGAGAAACCUCACAGCCAUUAUGCUGUUAAUACAGGUUCUUGGGAGCGUGAUUGCUUUUGGAAUUCGUUAUCAUUUGGUUCGGCUCUUCUAUGAUGUCUAGCAGUAAACCAGGAGAGUGCAUAGGAACAAGAAGACAUUUCCACUUCCUUCCUCUCAAAAACAUGAAGUUCCGAUGGUUUAAAAGUCUACUUCUGUUUACCACUUAAAUAGAAGUACCACUUAUUGUGAACAGGGAUGUGUUUACGUGACUGUACCAUUCAACUACUGUGUUUAAUACAGUUAAGUCCGACUCCAGUCAUUUUAGAUUUAAGGUCUUGGUUCUGAUGUUAUAAAGUGGAAUCAUUUCUGUGUGAACACUUUCGUGAAAAGUCUAUCUGGCUGUCAGGGAAAAGACACUGCAAGAAUGUACUCAGUAAAAAUACUGCUAAUCAGAGUAAGGAAAAGCAGUAUUGAGUUUAAGGCACUGAAGCAAAAGUACUCAAUCUUUACAUUUCUCUAAGUUCUUUGGCUUAACAGGAAGAAGAUACCGUUUCAUUAUUUUUGCAUUCUGAUUGUCCAAACGCGUGCUCAGUCAUUGUCCUUCUGUCAGAAAUUUCCCUUGAAAAAGGAAGUAAAGAUAAGCCCAAAUAUCAGUUUCCUCCUCUGACUGAGUCAUUUUCAUACGGUGUUCUUUGGAAAUUUGAAUUCAUUGGGUUUUUGUUCUCCUGUAUAGUCAACGAAAUGCAGAGCAGCAGAAAGGUAAAUAUGGUUUCGUGGUGAAGUGAGGAGGAUGUUCACUCUUUCUGGUGUAAAAUAUGGUGAAUACUGAGAUAUUAUAUGCAUGAAUGUAUGCAUAUCUUUAUUUUUCUUGAUCUAAAGUAACACUGAACCUUUAGUGGACAUGCAGAAGUUUGAUACGAGGUGAUUGAUGUGUCAAUGAUUUUAUAUACUCGCCUAACAGUGUUUUGAUUUAAAAUUAAAGACUUAAAUCAA